CAUCUACUAUAGCCAUCAAAUCUUAAAAGAUAUCAACAAACAUCAUAUAGUAUUGGGCACUCUAGCUUGUUAUCAUGGUUUAAAUAUUGAAAACAUCAAAUUCAUUGUCUUUAGCGGGUUUAUUCCAUAUCUCAAUGAAACUAUCCAAGCAAUUGGAAGAUUAAGAGGUUCUGGUACUGCUUAUUCUUAUUUAUUGAAAGAUUCAAGUUAUCAAUAUUAUCUCAGCAAAAAAAUGACCAUAUACCAACAAAUUUGUAAAGUUUAUAACAUCGACUACUGGAAUAAAUAUGAUGAAACAAAUAUUAACAAACAAAGGUAUGUGUUGGAAGAAGUUGAUUUGGAGGAAUUUCAUCUGAUGAGAUCUGUUGGUAAGUCAAGAUUAAAUUCAAUAUCAAGUCAUAGAUUACCUGAUGCUAAUAAAAUGAUGUAA